UUCGCUUCAUUCCACCCGCAACUGCUUGAACACGACCACCGCCGCCAUGUUGGCCCUCAAGCUCCUCGCCGCGUUCGCGCUCCCACUCGUCUCCGCCCUGAAAUUCGACAUCAAAGCAGAUCACACGGGAGAGUCAAUCAUGAAGGAACGAUGCAUACGCAAUUUCGCCGCGAAAGAACAGCUGGUCGUCGUCACGAUCAAGACGAGUGGUCAAAGAGGCGACGGACAGACUUUGCACGUACACAUCCGAGACACCGUCGGCAACGACUACGCCCGUCCCCGUGACGUCGCCGGCGAGUCGCGCCACGCCUUCACCUCGCACGCCGACGCACCCUUCGACGUCUGCUUCGAGAACAUCCUCACAUCGCAACACCCCGUGAUCGAACCGCACCGCAGCGUGGAGCUAGACGUGGACAUUGGCGCCGACGCGAAGGACUGGUCGGCGGACGCGGCGGGCGAGAAGCUGAAACCCGUGGAAGCGGAGCUGCGGAAGAUUUCCGAGCAGGCGAAAGAAGUGGUGGAUGCGAUGGAGUACUUGCGCAGUCGAGAGAUGAAGCUGAGAGAUACGAAUGAGAGCACGAAUGAGCGGGUCAAGUGGUUUGCGUUGAGCACUAUGGGCAUGUUGGUCGCGUUGGGCGUGUGGCAGAUUGUCUAUCUGAGGGCAUACUUCAGGAGCAAGCAUUUGAUCUAGGCGCUUUGGGAGGAGGAUUGGCAUUCGCAGUGGGUGGAGUUGACGGCUGUACGAAAGAGCAUG